CCAAAAUUGCAAUAGUUAUAAAUGAACAGAAUACCUUUCGAAGGUUCUAGAGAAUCAAAUUUUUGCAAGAGCUAUUUAAGAUGAGAACUGUGAUUUAUGUUAUUUUUGGUGGAAUCAUAUUUUUGUUUCCAUUCUCCACUGGUACUGAGCGGGUAGAUGAUGCGGGGAAGACUAAGCUUUCUAUGGUUCAACAUCGAGGUGUCAAUCAAAUGUUAGGUAAAGAAGGUCAUCACGAGUCGGAAAUUGUAGAGGCGGUUAAUGUAAGGCAUCGUUCGAGAAAAUCAAAGAGCAGACGUAAUAGAGUAACCGUUAAAGAUGCAAUAGAUUUUUUCAAAUGGUUGAAAGCUGAGGUUAAAAAGUCAUUGCAAAAUUCUGGGAUCGUAAGCAACGAAAAACUUGAUAAAAUACUGAAUUGGUUGGAAGAAGAUACAAUAAAGGCACUGCGAGGCCGCAGAUGCGUAAACGCUACAGUCACUACCACGAUUAAUAACUACUAUAUUAUUAAAAGAUGUAUGCAUUAAAUGCUUCGAUUAAA